AUUACAAAUAACUAACGGAAGCAUGUAUUCCGAGGACGAAUUACUCUUUCGCAACUUCCAGCAAUUGAAGAGCUACAAAUUGGACGACGAGAAGUCCUCCACAACCACGUCCAGGGAGCAGCAAAAAACAGAGAGUUCGGUGGAGAAAUGUUUCGACCGGUUCGAGGAAUUGCAGUCCACCCAUCCACGGCUCACCCAGUUUUUCCGGCUAGAGCAUCAGUAUUAUCUGGAUGCAAUGCUGCGCCGGUUGCCCUCGAACUACGAAUGCCUGGACAGCAGUCGACCCUGGUGCGUCUACUGGAUACUGCAGGCGGCCCAGUUACUUAGCUUCAAUUUUGACGAUGAAACCCUCGAUAGGGUCGUACAGUUUCUCAGCAAAUGCCGGGCUCCAACGGGCGGCUUUGGCGGUGGACCAGGACAGUAUGCCCAUCUGGCGCCCACAUAUGCGGCGGUCAACAGCCUCUGCAUCAUUGGCACCAAGAGUGCCUAUCGCGCCAUCGAUCGUCCGACCCUUGUCCAGUUUCUGUUCAGUGUUCGUCAACCGGAUGGCUCCUUCCGUCUCCAUGUAGAUGGGGAGACGGAUGUGCGCGGUGCGUACUGUGCCAUCUCGUGCGCCAAGCUGCUGAACCUUCCCGAUCUGGUGAUGAAGGAACUUUUCGCCGGCACCGGCGAUUGGAUUGCCAAGUGCCAGACGUACGAGGGAGGAUUCGGCGGUGCCCCCGAAUUGGAGGCCCAUGGGGGCUACACAUUCUGUGGCAUCGCUGGCCUGGCGCUACUGAACGAGGCACACAAGUGCAACAAGAAGGCGCUGCUCCAUUGGACACUGCUACGUCAGAUGAGCUACGAAGGAGGGUUCCAGGGUCGAACGAAUAAACUGGUCGAUGGCUGCUACUCCUUUUGGGUAGGAGCCACCAUACCCAUAACGCAGGCCACGCUGUCUGGCGGCGAUAAGGAAAUGGAGCACACUCUAUUUGAUGUUGAGGCCCUGCAGGAGUACAUUCUAAUCUGCUGCCAGAAGCAAAACGGAGGUUUGAUCGACAAGCCGGGAAAACCACAAGAUCUCUAUCAUACAUGCUAUACCCUAAGCGGCGUCUCCAUUGCCCAGCACUCGGAGUCCGCCAGUUGUCCACAAGUCCUGGGCGACACCAUCAACGAACUGCUACCCACCCAUCCACUAUUUAACAUCCCACCGAAGUCCGUGGCCGCGGCCGUUAGCCACUUUAAGAAUUCCAAUGACACAGAUUUUGCCAGCACCUCCGAUGGAAACUGUCAAGGAGAGCAAGAACAGGAUAUUUAGGGUCUAUAAAAACUUUCUAAAGCUACAGAUGAUUUAAAAUUAUACAUUUUACAAAAACUCUAAAUUUUCUUUAAUAAAAUCUAUUUCAAAUAGUA